AUGGAAAUGAAUUGGUUAACGAUAAACGAUAGGAGAGCGUUCCCGAGGAAACAUCAACAACAGUGACUGCUGCAAGUUAUUCUUUCACAUCUCAUAUGACUUCCUGCUGUAUAUAGCUAGCUCCUCUGCCCACCUGCUCUUUCAACUGUGAAGGCAAAAGGUAGGAGAGCGUUCUAGAGGAAACAACAAACACAAUGACUGCCAUUGUAAACUAAACCUACACAAACUGUAUAUCUUCUAUGAAAGAUAAUCACUGGUCACUAUGGAAAUGAAAGGACCAAGUUAUACCAACAUAUCAGGACAAAGAUGGCGAGUAAUAGCAGUUUUACUCGGACUGUUGUCUAUAGGGCUAACAAUAGCACUCAUCGUUGUUAUUAUAAAGAACAACAAAAAUGACAAGCUAGAAAUAAAUGACAGGUUAGAAAGUGGAACAUGUCCAACCACUAGUGGAAAAUACGGGAAAAUAAACCUCGAACUAUCAAAUACCAGUUCUGUAUUUGUUCAUCUAACAAGAGCUGAAAUUGAAGGACUUCGAUCGUUUUUAUACAAUCAACAAGAAUUAAAUCUAGUAGAAUUAAAAGAUAUUGAUGUUGACAAAAAUUUUAUUUUCUUAAGUGAUUUAUAUUUACCCGAUAAAAAAGAUGUCUUAAAUUACCUUGAUAAGAAUGGACCGAAACCACCAAGAGAAGCUCACGUUAUUAUAUUUAGAGGAAAUGAACAGCCACCAUAUAUGCAGGAUGUUAUAGUUGGUCCACUACCAACGCCGACACACUACCGGUCCGUGCCAUUCAGGCCUGAGAAAAUCCCAUUUGUAUACCGCCCACCAUUUAGCGGAAAUGAAUAUUACAAAAUGAUAAUAUACUUAAGAGAAAACAUUGAUCCUUUUCUUGGUGUCAUGUUCAUGGAUAUUUUUGGCGGACGACUUACAAAUUGUAAUAAUGCUUGUCUUCAAUUUGGAAAUGGUGUAACCGUAUCUCCUACACUCUCUGGCGAAAACAAAAGGAAAGUAUGGACGUCAUUAAAUCAUAUUUCAGAGUAUUCAGGAUUCCGGUUAUUAGAUUUUUCUGUACUUGUUGAUAUAGAUAUGAAAAUUUUCACUAUUGAAAAGAUUUGGUUUAAUAGUACAAUAUUCAAUAACAUAACUGAAGUGUUAACAUUCUAUAAUCAAAACAAAGAAACAAUUCCCAGAAUUCCUCUUCCCGUGUAUAGUUCUGACGAUUUUUCUACUUUGAAUCAGCGAGGCAUUCCUCCAAUGGACCCACCGCUAAGAAACCCAAAGCAGUUUUCGCCUGAUGGUAAGAGAUACAAUGUCCAAGGGCAUCAUGUCGAAUACAUGUUUUGGGAAUUUGAUUUUCGAAUGUCUACAAUACAUGGACCACAGUUGUAUGAUAUCCGGUUUAAGAAUGAACGGAUUGCUUAUGAACUUAGUAUACAGGAAAUAGCUGUAUUUUAUUCUGGUUUAAAACCAAAUGACAUUUUAGCGCAAUUUCUGGAUAGCAUUGCACUUGUAGGCUUGCAAUCAAAAGUUUUAUUUCCGGGUGUCGACUGUCCCGAUGAUGCAACACUUAUUGGCUCUAGUUUCCAUGUAGGAGGUGUAAGUUCUUAUGAAUUAACGACCUCGUUUUGUCUGUUUGAAUUAAAUACAGGUAUGCCAUUUAGGAGGCAUCAUUCUUACUGGUUUAGUAAUGGUAGAUUUUACGAAGGAAUGGAAAAUAUAGUUCUUGUCUUAAGGACCAUUCCUACAAUUGGCAAUUAUGACUAUAUAAUAGAUUUUAUUUUCUAUCCUAAUGGAGCGCUAGAAGUGAAAGUGACGAGCACUGGUUAUGUAAGGGCGUUAUUUUAUACAAAAGGUGACGAAAAAUAUUCAUUCCAGCUACAUGAUAAUUUUGGAGCGCCUAUUCAUCAUCAUCUAUUUCAUAUAAAAGCAGAUCUAGAUAUAAAGGGCACAUCAAACAGAUUUGCAACGUUGGAUAUAAACACAGAAGAGAUCGAAAACCAGUUCUCUGAAGUUCCGGUUGAAAAAAUUAUCCAACUCAAAUUUAACACAUCUGUCAAAGAAACGGAAAAAGACGCAGCUUACCGUUUUAAAUUUGAUGCUCCAAAGUACCUAGUUAUGUACAACGAAAAAAUCAAGGAUAAAUAUGGUAAUGUUAAAAGCUAUAGAAUUUUAAAUAAAGGCAUGACUUAUCAGUUAUUACCAAGAGGACACGGAAAUGAACCAAUAGCCAGUUGGGCACGUUACCAGAUAGCAGUUACCAAAUAUAACGACUCUGAACGAACCAGUUCUUCUGUUUAUGGUUCUUUGGAUAUAAACGAACCAGUAGUAGAUUUCCAGAAAUACAUUGACGACGAUGAUUCUAUUUUAGAUGAAGAUUUGGUAGCCUGGAUAACUAUGGGGCAAUAUCACAUUCCGCACACAGAAGAUCUACCUGUCACAACAUCACCUGGAAUGGAUAAUAGUUGUUUAUUCUUGCCUUAUAAUUAUUUUGCUGAAGAUGCUGCUAUUUCCUCUAAAAAUGCUGUACGUGUAGAGCCGAUACAAAGGUCAAAAAGGGGAUCAUCUGUAAGAGUCCAGCGGUAUGGUGUGCAACGGGAGUCCAAUUGUCUGCCAGCUGAUCAUAACUAUGACGAACUAAUAAAACAAUAUCCGAGGUGGAUUAUCGAUAAUUGAAUACUAAGAAAAAAACCGGAUACUUUAAUUUUCUUUUUUCAAAGUUCAUAAGUUCGAACUUCUUAUAUAUGAUGUCUUUAUAGGUAAAUUAUACCUUGUGUUCUUCCUAAUUUACCAGACGCACAAGUAUAUUGGUAUUUCCAGUCAGUAUAUCAUGGAAUCAUUAAAAUACAAACCUAAGGAUACGAUCGCACGAAACUAGCCGAUAAAAAGUUAAAAUUAAAAUACAAAUAAAAACAUCUGAACUUAGCAACAGGUUUAACCCCGCCGCAUUUUUGCACCUUUCCCAAGUCAGCAGCCGCAGGCCUAUGUUAGUCUUGUAUUAUUUUUAAUUUUAGUUUCUUGUGUACAAUUUGGAGUUUAGUAUGGCGUUCAUUUUCACUGAACUAGUAUACAUGUUUGUGAAUGGAACAUCUGAAGGACUCCUUCGGGUGCGGCAAUUUCUCGCUGCAUUGAAGACCAAUUGGAGACCUUCUGCUGUUGUCUGUUUUAUGGUCAGGUUGUUGUCUCUUUGACACAUUCCCCAUUUCCAUUUCCAUUCUCAAUUUUAUUUUCAUCUGAA